CUGUUGAAAUAGAAAAAAAGAAACGAAAACAAAACAAACACAAAAAUUGCGAUUGUUUACAAAAUUUAUAAUUCCUUAAAAUUGUUAAACAAAUUAAAACCGAUUUAAAUAUUCAAUUCUGAAAAAAUAUUUGACGCGGAAAAGUUUGGACAUUAACGCAAACAAAGGCUAGUCGUCAGCGAGAAGGAUGUAAAUUGUGGUGAAACGCAAAAUUAUGCAAGUUGCAAAAAGGACUGUACCACCACUAAUGGCAACAAACGCAUGAUAUUGUAACAAACACUCCCAGAAGCAUUAAACUGUUUUUUUUUUCCUGAUUGGAUAAAGAGAAAUAAAAUGAGGGGAAGCAAUGUUGCGGUGGCGAACGUGAAAGCGACCGAAAUGGAGUCUCCUAACAACAAUACGAACCAACAAAAUGCAUCACAAAAACAUUCCGGCCAGUUUUAUAUUUCUUCAUCACUUUUCGAUAACAAACGACUGCGGCAGAAGCGUCUACGUUGGGCCAAAGCUUUGCUCGCCGCAGCAGGCUUCAAAAAGCAUCAUUUAUUGCAACGUAAAAAGACUGAACGCCGCAAACGGAAUUUAACUGUUCUACCGCCAAACAUCACAAUUGACUUACUGUCGGACGAUGAUGAAAAACCAUACAAAGUCAAUGGAGUUGUUAAGACAAUCGAAACGAAACAAGUGGCUAUUGAAAAGCGGCCGUCAAUACCAAUCGCCGACGGACCACCACCACUUGUACCAAUAUCGAAUUUGCAACCUUCGCCCAAGCAGCUAUUGUUGUCGCAAGGCUACACUUAUACGGGCCAAACCAUAGAACUCUCAAAGAUACCGAACAUAACGCUUAUACCAGUACAGAAUCUUAUGAACACACCUGCGCCACCGCCAGUCGCUUCUGUAGCGCCCAUGCCACGCCGUGUGAAACGCAAACGCAAGUCACAACAACCGAAACGCCAUGAACAACCAACUAUCGUCAAUAAUGAAAGCAUAGUGCUGAGUGAUGACAGCGACAACGACGAAUUAAUUGAAGUAGCGCCGCCGCCGCCGCCAAAAUUAACAAAAAAUGCUACUAACAACUUACCCUCGCCAACAUUAACUGUAGGCACUCUGGCAGUGCCACGUACAACAACAAUAAUCCCAACAGUCAACACACCAAAAGCGCAGACACCGCCUGCUCCGAAACAAUCCGCUUACCCUACACUUUUAACACCUUACAGUGGACAAGUCGAUGAAGAAGUGACUGUUUCGAUUGUGCCACGGUCCUCAGCUGCAGGCACUUGUCCUAAAUCGAAUGCUAGUGAAUUAUUUCCCAUGCUACCCGAUGAAACCACAGUGCACACUGUAAUUGCGAAUCGUACUUAUGAGCUAUCAUUGACCAAGCUGCGUGAAGGUCUUGCUUCUUGUGGUAUGCCAGAAUUUACAAACGGACAGCAAAAAGCAGCAGUCACACGACGUAAAGGACAAAUAGUAGAUACGCCACCAAUGGUGUCACCACCGCCGGCGCCCAUUUCUUUGAAACUAUCAAGCGACUUGAGCAUUUCGCUGAUCUCAGAUGACGAGGACGACAACCCGGAACAGCAGCAACAGCAACGUCUGGCAGCCGAGAGUCUAUUGCAAAAACAGCCGCAACUGAUGGUGCAACAUUUGCAAUUGCCUGCGGGCGGGGUUUUGCCGUCGGGUGCUAAUGUGGCGUUGGUUGGGCCACCCAGGUUGCCGCCACGUCGUCGAAAGCUGGGUUGAAUGGGGCUGUUUUGGGCGGGUGCGGUGCAAUGUGACUAAGGCUGAAUUGCGUAUUACACAUUUUAGUGGCGGCAGUGUUGAAAAAAAUGCAUAUUUCAUUGCAAUUAAAGUAUUUUUUUUUUUUUUGCGAAUCCACAGCUUUUGAGAAAUCGUUGCACUGCAAGUUAUUCAUACACUUUCCAGGGGUUACCGGUAGUAACGUUGAAUUGUCUCUUGAAUAAGAUUUUAUUUUCUGAAAACGUAUAAGAUAAGCUUAAUUUCACUACUUUAGCUUAUAAAGUUAACGAUUUAAAUUUUAUUUUACUGAUUACAGUUACGCAGUUCUAUCCACCAUAGAAUUUCUCUUUUAAAUGACAGUUUCACCACUUGCUGUGCUUAGAGGUAUAUUUUUAUAAAAGCAGUAGAUUUUAUUAUUUUUGCGUGUUUAUAAUUCAAAUAGUAUUUGUGCUUCAUUUGAAAGCAAAUGAAUUUGUAUACAACAUAAAAUUUUCAAGAAGAUUUCUUGUACUGAAUAUGAACACUCGAUUUUCUCGCGCUAUAUAUAAAGUUAAAAAGAAAGAAAGAAAAAAAAAAAAAACGAAAUAUAAAUAUGCUUAGAACUAAUGUACAAAGUAUUUCGAAGUUUUUGUAAAGUGAUACAGAAUGCUUACAUACCUACAUAUGUAAAUGCAUAUUUACGAGCAUACAUAGUUCAUAAGUCCAUACAUAUUUUAUGAGCAAAAGCAUACAUAUAUAUAUGAAUACUUAAGUGAAAAGAUAAACCAAUAAAUGAAUUUUAUGUAUAUUUAAUA